AUGGAUGUAAAAAAUGUCUUCCUUAAUGGCAAUCUCAGUGAGGAAGUCUAUAUGAAGCCACCUCCUGGCCUUUCUUCUCCUCCGAACAAGGAUCUUGGCACUCUCAGCUAUUUUCUUGGUCUUGAGAUUUCUUCUUCUUCUGAUGGUUACUAUUUGACACAUGCCAAUUAUAUCUCUGAUAUGCUUUCACAGGCCAAUCUCACAAACUGUAAGACCAUCGACAUGCCGACUGAGCUCAAUGUUCGUCUUAAUCUACAUGAUGCCGAGCCUCUUCGUGAUUUCACUCUCUAUCGAUAUUUGGUUGGCAGCCUUGUCUAUCUUACUGUUACUAGGCCUGAUAUCUCAUAUGUUGUCCAUCAGGUGAGUCAGUUUAUAGCUGCUCCCUGCUCUACUCACUUUUCUGCCAUUCUUCUCAUCCUUCGUUAUCUCAAGGGGACAUUAUUUCAAUGGCUCCACUUCUCCUCUCAGUCCCCUCUUCAAUUACAUGCUUAUACUGAUGCGGAUUGGGCAGGUGAUCCUACAGACCGUCGCUCCACCACUGGUUAUUGUUUCCUACUUGGCACCUCUCUUAUUUCUUGGCACAGUAAGAAACAGUUUGUUGCUGCUCUCUCUAACACCGAUGCAGAAUAUCGUACUUUAGCUGACACCUCCUCGGAGCUCCUUUGGUUGCGAUGGCUUCUACAAGAUAUAGGUGUCUCUUUCUCCUCAGCUACUCCUAUCUACUAUGACAACAUAAGUGCUAUUCAGAUUGCCUAUAAUGAUGUUUAUCAUGAACGGACCAAACAUAUUGAGAUUGAUUGUCACUUUGUCUGUCAUCAUCUCCUUCAAGGCUCUCUACAACUUCAUUCUAUUAUGUCUCAUGAUCAAUUCGCGGACCUCUUCACAAAGUCUCAUCCUCCAGGGCGAUUCCGCAAUCUUGUGUCCAACCUCAAGAUGGUCUUUCGCACUCCACCUUGA